AUGUCUCAGAGCGAGGGGGACGUGCUGACUCUACCAGCCCCAGAGAACAGGGAGGAGGAGACGGUGGGGUCGGACAAGGUUUUGGAUGGUCUGGGCCAGGAGGAGAGCCCAGACUCAACCCCAGCAGAGCAGCCUGACAGCGGGGACGAGUGGGACACAGACUUGGAGGCUGAUGAGCAGGACAGGAGAGACAGGCUGGUCUCCCCUACAGAGCUCUACCUGGUGGCCUGUCGUUUGACGGCUGUGAUCCCCUGCUCCUACGUCCUCCGUCAGCUAGCCUCCACCACCCUGGACCUCAACCAGCAGGGCACCCUGGACCUCAACCAUCAUGGCCUGGGACCGCUGGGGGCUAAAGCCCUGGCCAUCACCCUCCUGAGCGACGUGCAGAUCAGUAACCUGGAGCUGAAGGACAACUACCUUCUGGCUGAGGGGACUGGCUACCUCAUGGAGAUGUUCAAGGAGAACUUUACUAUUCAGAGUCUAAACCUCUCCAACAACCACCUCCAGUCCGCAGGGUCUAAGCACAUCUGUAAAAUGCUGUUAGACAAUGUCUCCAUCAAAUCCAUCAACCUAUCAGGAAAUGGGUUCAUCGACGCUGAUGCCAAAAGGUUGGCUGACGCUCUGGCAAACAACUACUGGCUGAAAGACCUGGACCUGAGUCACAACCAGUUCUGUGACAUGGGAGGAGAACACCUGGGACAGAUGCUAGCCAAUAACGAGGGCCUGGAGAUGCUGGACCUGAGCUGGAACCAUUUGAGGAUGAGUGGAGCCGUGACACUGUGUGCUGGACUUAAGGUGAAUGUAACCCUGAAGCAGUUGGACCUGUCCUGGAACGGGUUCGGCAGUGCCGGUGCGCAGGCUCUGGGGGAGGCCCUACGUCACAACAACACACUGGUGCAUCUGGACCUCAGCAACAACCGGGUCUCAGACGAGGGCACCGCUCUGCUCUGUAACGGCCUGGCAGCUAACGACAGCCUCAGGGUCUUACGGGUGGUCUCAGACGAGGGCACCGCACUGCUCUGUAACGGCCUGGCAGCCAACGACAGGCUCAGGGUCCUCAGGCUGGCCCAUAACCCUUUAACACAGAUGGGAGCUCUGACUCUACUCAACAGCGUCAGAUACAACCCCAAGUCAGCCCUGGAAGAGAUUAACAUCUCAGUGAGAUACUUCAAACUACAACCAUCAACUGUUUAG